GGCUUCAUCGGGGUGAUGGGCAUCGCCAACAACCUGCUGGUGCUGAUGCUCUUCUGCCGUUGCAAAGUCCUGCGUUCGCCCAUCAACCUGCUGCUGAUGAACAUCUCGUUGAGUGACCUGCUGGUGUGUGUCCUGGGUACCCCCUUCAGCUUCGCUGCCAGUCUCCAGGGGCACUGGCUGAUCGGGCAAAUGGGCUGCGUGUGGUAUGGCUUCGUCAACACACUCUUCGGUAUCGUAUCACUAAUGUCUCUGACAAUACUUUCAUAUGAUCGCUACAUUACAAUUACUGGUACUACAGAAGCUGACAUCACUAACUACAACAAAACCAUUGUUGGGAUAGCUCUGUCUUGGAUAUACUCUCUGAUGUGGACUUUACCCCCUCUGUUUGGAUGGAGUAAUUAUGGUCCAGAGGGCCCCGGAACUACAUGUUCUGUGAACUGGCAAUCAAAGGAAGUUAGCAGCAAGUCUUACAUUAUAUGUCUCUUCAUCUUCUGUCUUCUCAUGCCCUUCCUGGUGAUAGUCUAUUGUUAUGGAAAGCUGGUGCUUGCUGUGAGGAAAGUAAGUGCAAACAAUUCCAUGGGACGUACGAGGGAGAACAAAUUGUUGAUCAUGGUGACUUUCAUGAUAAUAUGCUUCUUGCUUUGCUGGUUGCCUUACGGAAUAGUAGCUCUUUUGGCCACUUUUGGAAGUCCUGGUUUGAUAACACCAACUGCCAGCAUUAUCCCAUCUGUUCUUGCAAAGACAAGUACUGUCUAUAACCCCAUUAUCUACAUAUUCAUGAACAAACAGUUCUCCAGAUGUUUCCGAGCUCUUCUGAGCUGUCAGAAUUCACCUGUUGCUUUCAGCACCAGAAAUUCUUCGAAGACUUUAAGAGAUGGUCACAAUACACAGAAGACCCAUAAGAACUUCACCUGUAUUGAAGCUUCAGUAGCUCAACAAACCACAGCUCAACAAAACCGAUCCUCUAGCGAUCAAGAAGACACAGGCUUGGAUGUUUCAUAA